AUGUAUUGUAUGGUGCUGUUUGCUAAUUGUGUGCUUGCUCUUUGUUGGUUUUGUUUUAUAUGUGCCUGGUUCGACUGCUUGGGGUGGGUAGCGACGUAUUCUGGCCGUUCUGGCUAUGGGACACCGGAUUAUGAAUGUAGAUAUUGCCAUGCUAUGUUUUGGUUGCAUGAAUGCGUAAAAUCAGAGUCCAGCGUGAGAGGUGGCCAGAUUAUUUAUAAUAGGUGCUGUAAGGGUGGGAAGGUUGUCCUGCCCCCUUAUAAACAGCGGCCCGAACCAAUUGCAUCUCUUGCCAGAUUCGAUGGUGACUCUCAGUGCAGAAAAUUCUUAAAAACCAUACGACAAUACAACUGUCUAUUUGCAUUUACAUCGAUGGGUGCGAACAUAGAUAGAUCGAUGAAUGAUGGACGUGGUCCCCCUGCCUUCAAGAUAUCUGGCCAGGUUCACCAUCGUAUAGGAUCGCUUCUUCCAGAUAGUGGCCAGCGUCCGAAGUUUAUCCAGCUCUAUAUAUAUGAUACUGCUAAUGAGGUCAGGAAUAGGAUACGCGCACUGCACACGAAUGAACGCCCCUCUGAGCCUCUGGAGCCGGCGGUUAUAGGGGACCUGCUCGAAAUGUUGGAUGCACACAACCCAUUGGCUAAGCAGUUUAGAUUGGCAAGAGGGGCUAGAAGAAAAUGGCGAUGA